AUGAGUUUAAUGAGUAAUGAGCAGAUUCCAAGUUCUUUAGUUUCGUACCUAUCUUUAUUUAAGCCUUUAAAAACAUUAUUAUCAUUAGUCAACAUGCAAAACAACAACCAAAAAUACAGAUGCUAUUGUACAAAAUGUGCUCAACAUGGCAGAGAUUAUGAUGAAGUCUCUAGAUCAACUUAUUUCAAACAUUUAAAGGACAUGGCUGUACCUCAUUUAAAGGAGCCUAUGGACCUCGAUGCUGAAAGAGCAGAUGCCAGAUUUACUUCAUGUGAUUCUGGUUCAAAUGAAGAAGUUUUUGAAGAAGGCUUGCCUUUUGUCAGCUUGUUGGAUGAUUCCAACUUGCCCAAAGAGCAAUUGCCAUUCAUCUUCUUUAUGAUGAUGGUAAUGCUUAUUCAAGAGCAAUGCAUUACAGAUAAAGGCAUCGAAUUGAUGAUGACCUUUAUUAACGUUGCCUUGAGAGAUUGUAACCAGCAGUAUCGCUUUCCAAAACGUGCUGCUACAUUUUAUAAGUGGUGCCAAUUAGCAAACUUUAUUCAUGACGGGCUUAAACAAUAUGUUUCUUGCCCCGAAUGUCAUGCAAUUCAUAGCUAUGACACCGAAGAGCAGAAAGUUCGCCUCCGUGGCAGACUAUUAUGCAACAAAAGACAGGGCCCCUUCCGAAACGCUGAAAGAUGCCGACAACCUCUUUUCGAUACAG